UUGUUACCUUUGCACCUGUCCUUAUUUACAUGCAAAAUCAAUUGCUUCACUCGGUCUUUCCGAAGUACAGGGUGUGGGCAGAAUCUUAUCUGAAGCCAUGUCCUGUUUGGACAAGUUGGACUUGCCUUGGCCGCACUCCAUGGGGUGGAGCAGAUGGGUGGAGGCCGGAAAGUAAAACGGGGUGGCUUGUUCGCAGGGAGGGCGGAGUGUUUGCUCGCCUGCUCGGUCCAUUUCAUCCCAGGCAGAGUAACUCCUUGCCUGCUCUGCCCCUCACAAAAAACACUGCCCAUGCCAAACUAGCAACUCUAUGAGGGGCAAAGACUUGGCGAUAGUCAGUGGACUUUUUUCCUUUUCCAGUCGGCCACCAAGGAUUGAGACCAAGCACCAGAGCACCCUAGAAGGUCUCACAAAAAGAAUGCUCAUGUUUGACCCGGUCCCUGUCAAGCAAGAGGCCAUGGACCCUGUCUCGGUGUCCUACCCGUCUAAUUACAUGGAGUCGAUGAAGCCCAACAAGUAUGGGGUCAUUUACUCUACACCAUUGCCUGAUAAGUUCUUUCAGCCCCCAGAAGGCCUGUCGCAUGGGAUCCAGAUGGAGCCGGUGGACCUCACGGUGAACAAGCGGAGCUCACCGCCUGCACCUGGGAACUCUCCGUCCUCCCUCAAGUUCCCGUCCUCGCACCGCAGAGCCUCACCCGGACUGAGCAUGCCCUCCUCCAGCCCUCCCAUGAAAAAAUACUCACCGCCCUCCCCCGGCGUGCAGCCCUUCGGCGUGCCGCUGUCCAUGCCGCCAGUGAUGGCGGCUGCCCUCUCCCGGCACGGGAUCCGGAGCCCAGGAAUCCUGCCCGUCAUCCAGCCUGUCGUGGUGCAGCCCGUCCCCUUCAUGUACACGAGUCACCUCCAGCAGCCGCUCAUGGUCUCCUUGUCGGAGGAGAUGGAAAACUCCAACAGUAGCAUGCAAGUACCUGUAAUUGAAUCAUAUGAGAAGCCCAUAUUACAGAAAAAAAUAAAAAUAGAACCCGGGAUCGAACCACAGAGGACAGAUUAUUAUCCUGAAGAAAUGUCACCCCCUUUAAUGAACUCAGUGUCCCCCCCGCAAGCCUUGUUGCAAGAGAAUCACCCUUCGGUCAUAGUGCAGCCUGGCAAGAGACCUUUACCUGUGGAAUCUCCAGACACACAGAGGAAGCGGAGGAUACACAGAUGUGAUUAUGACGGGUGCAACAAAGUGUACACAAAGAGCUCCCACUUGAAAGCCCACAGAAGGACACACACAGGAGAAAAGCCCUACAAAUGUACAUGGGAAGGGUGCACGUGGAAGUUUGCUCGGUCUGAUGAACUGACGAGACAUUUCCGCAAACACACUGGCAUCAAACCAUUCCAGUGUCCAGACUGUGACCGCAGCUUCUCCCGUUCUGACCACCUGGCCCUCCACAGGAAGCGCCACAUGCUGGUCUGAAGGCCUCUGCCUCCCACCACAGCCCCACGCCCACUCUCCUGGUUCUCUUCUGUCCUCCCUCCCAUCGUCUAACUCAUUUUUUACGUGUACAUUUUAAUUUGGAUUCAGCUGGCCUGAAUCUUUGAAUUUGUAUCAUUCAAAACUUCCGUACGGUCAGUCGUAGAUCCUCUCUAAUGCUCCCUUCUCCUUACCACGGGUCAGACCUAAAGAAUGUGAACACUUUUUUUUUUCCUGGGGAUGCUAAGCAAACCCUUCUUACAGACACGUUUAAUGUCAUGAGAACAAGGGAACAUGUAAACUAGCACAUGCAGUUGUCAGUCUGUCCAUGUAUGCCUCAAAAGAAUAUCAAAGUAAAUGUGUUAGAAACACAGUAUGCAGCCUGAUAAUCCUUGCCGGAGACAUCGCAGUCCUGCGCCCCUGUGUUCACACUGGAGGCCCCGGCCACGCCAAGAGGGGCGAGCCCCUGCACCAAGCAGCUACAGUGCAGCACGGUGUCAGAGCCAGUGGCAGUCAGCACUUCUGCGUCCUUCCCACAAAUCCUACUGGUCGGCCUGGACUGACUGCUGCAUCCAAUCGAGUUCUUGGCCUGACUGUGCCUACAGCUCACAUGGAGUGCUCUGCUACCGUGGGGAGAUGGGCCAGAGCUGCUGACUUAGGUGGCUGACACAGUAGCAGAUCAGGGGAUGGAUGCUGUGCUUCUAUAGUGUGGAGUGGCAGAGGGUGGGGCACGAAGGAGGCAGGCGACAGUUCCUCCCCAGCAUCGGGGUUAUCAACCAGGUUUCCGCUCUUGCUGUGUGCGCUGCAGUCUGCGGCUUAGGUCCUUGCAGCGUCAGGUCUGCAGAGGUGAGCAGCAAAGCCAGGCUCCAGAGGUGUUGUCCGUGAAGCUGUCUCUGUUCCUGCCGUGGCCUCAUGAAUCAGGCAGCAUGGGUAACGAGGCCUCUGCAGAGGUACUUGUUCAGUAAUAGUGAAAAAACUUGGGGCUAAGCACACGGGUGGUCUUUUCUC